CACUAGACAAUAGUAAACGAGUAGUACGGGUAAAAAACUGUUCAAUUUCCAAACCAGUUUUCAUUUCACUCUACGACGAUCGGCUGACUAGCAGAUUUUAGAAGCUUAGCGCAGUGCAUUUUUGUCCGUACCUCCGUGCAAAUAUAAAAUAUUACUACAACCAUUACAACACUACUUCAUUAAUAUGGCUACAUUACAAGAGCGUUUCGAAGCGGCCGCUGAAGAAGUGAAAACGCUCACGAAGAGACCGACCGACGUCGAACUAUUGGAACUGUACGCUCUCUACAAGCAAGCCACAGUUGGAGACAACGACACCAGCAAGCCCGGUAUGUUUGAUUUGAAGGCCAAAAAAAAGUGGGAGUACUGGAACAAUAUUAAAGGUACUUCCAAAGAAGACUGCCAAGAAAAAUAUAUUGCAAAAAUUGAAGAAUUCGUUGUCAAAUACAGGGAUUGAUUUCUAAAAAUAAACUAAUAUAUUUAUAAAU